GGCUGCGGCGGCUGGAGGAGGAGGUGCAGCGGGAGCGGCGGCAGCAGCGGCGGCGGGAGCGGCAGCAGCAGCAGCAGCAGCAGCAGGAACAGCGGCCGCCGCCGCCUCAGCAGAAGCAGCGGGAGCAGCAGCAGCAGCAGCAGCCGCCGCCCGGGAGCUCCGGGAGCAGGAGCGGCCGCCGCCGCAGUGUCCGCUCGGCCUUCGGCCGGCGCGCCCUCCGGGGAGGGAAGGAGGGAGCCCCGGAGCUCCGGAGCCCGGGCCAUGCUGCGGCAGCGGGACUGAGGUGCCGCCGAGCCAAGGCCGAGCGGAGCCUUCUCCGGGCCGCCCUCCCGCGCCGGCCUGUGCGCCCCGGGCCCCGGAGGAACGGCGGCCUCGGCCUCCGGCGCAGCCCGGAAAUGUCUGGCAAGAUCGAGAAAGCAGAUUCCCAGCGCUCUCAUCUUUCCUCCUUCACCAUGAAGCUGAUGGACAAAUUUCACUCGCCCAAAAUCAAGAGAACACCAUCAAAGAAAGGAAAACCAGCCGAUGUGCCUGUGAAAACCCUUGAAAAACCUGUGAACAAAGAGGCCACAGAAAAUUUUCUACCAGAGGGCUACCCUCCUCCCUUGGAUCUGGAUCACCAAGCAGUACAAUUUAUGUCCACCAGUGCUGUGGUUCCCAGGUCUCAGAGGCAGAAGAAUCUCAGCUGGCUGGAAGAGAAAGAAAAAGAGGUGGUCAGUGCCUUGCGCUACUUUAAGACCAUUGUGGACAAAAUGGCAAUUGACAAGAAGGUAUUGGAAAUGCUUCCAGGUUCGGCCAGCAAGGUCCUGGAGGCCAUCCUGCCCCUAGUGCAGACCGACCCUCGCAUUCAGCAGAGUUCAGCCAUCUCCUCGUGCUACAGCCGGGUGUAUCAGAGUCUAGCCAAUCUCAUUCGUUGGUCAGAUCAAGUGAUGCUGGAAGGUGUGAACUCAGAAGAUAAAGAGAUGGUGACAACUGUGAAAGAAGUCAUCAAAGCUGUUUUGGACGGAGUGAAGGAGCUUGUCAGGCUCACGAUAGAGAAGCAGGAGCAUCCAUCUCCCACGAGUCCAGUUAAGCCCAGCUCACCAGCCUGCAAAACUGACAGCCAACCUGAGCUCCCAUUGACUGACCGGGAAAUGGAGAUUCUCAACAAAACAACUGGUAUGUCCCAAUCAACGGAGCUGCUGCAUCCCGACUCCAUGGAUGAAGAAGUUGCUCCUCCCAAGCCCCCCCUCCCUGGCAUCCGAGUGGUGGAUAAUAGUCCUCCACCAGCUUUACCACCCAAAAAGAGGCAGUCAGCACCAUCUCCCACCAGAGUGGCUGUGGUUGCACCCAUGAGCAGGGCCACCAGUGGCUCAAGUUUACCUGUUGGAAUCAAUAGACAGGACUUUGAUGUAGACUGUUAUGCCCAAAGGAGGCUGUCUGGGGGCAGCCACUCAUAUGGUGGGGAAUCCCCUCGCCUCUCCCCAUGCAGCAGCAUCGGCAAGCUGAGCAAGUCCGACGAGCAGCUGUCCUCCUUGGAUCGGGACAGCGGGCAGUGCUCCAGGAAUACAAGCUGUGAAACACUAGAUCACUAUGACCCUGAUUAUGAAUUUCUACAGCAAGACCUCUCCACUGCUGACCAGAUACCUCAGCAAGUAGCAUGUAACCUUAGCCCAUUGCCAGAAUCUGUUGGUGAAUCUGGCUCUCCUUUCCAUGGACGUCCUUUCCAGCUGCCGCCUAGCAACUCCCCACAUCUAGAGCUUGGCAAUCCCUUGCCCGUGGGUCAUCCUACGGAUACACCUCCUGCCCUGCCUGAGAAGAAGCGGAGGAGUGCAGCCUCUCAGACCACGGACAGCUCCGGCUCCAGCUGUAGAGUCUCCUAUGAGAGGCACCCUUCCCAGUAUGACAACAUCAUGGAGGAUGAUCUCCAGAACCCAGCCUCCCUCCAGCCAGGACCAUUCACGCCAUUCGCUGCUGUCCUCCCCUUCCAGCAAGGAGGCUCUUCAGCUGAUUUUGUGUCUGAUUUUGCUGCUCCCGACUCAGUGGGUGACCCCGAGAAACCACCUCCUCUACCUGAAAAGAAGAACAAACACAUGCUGGCCUAUAUGCAGCUCCUUGAGGACUACUCAGAGCCUCAGCCUUCCAUGUUCUACCAGACGCCUCAGAACGAGCACAUCUACCAGCAGAAGAACAAGCUCCUCAUGGAGGUCUACGGCUUUAAUGACUCCUUUACCCAGGAGCUGGCCCCGCCCCCUGCCCUGCCCCCCAAGCAGAGGCAGCUGCAGGCCUCCUAUGCUGCCUCUUCCUUCUCUUCUGUCUCCUACUGUGUCCAGACAACUAAAGUGCCCUUCACACCCGAGGACGCCAGCGCCACUCAGGGCCUCGGUAUGUCCAUCUCUAACUCCUUUCUCAGCCGGCACAGCUCCUUCCCUGUGCAUUCGUAUAAAUCUGUGUUUAGGUCCUACUCCCAGGACUUCAUGCCUCACAACCAAGCUUCCGUUCCACCUUUCCUCUCGUCUACCUCCUCUUCCUCUCCACAUUUCCCACCUGUCCACCAGUCUCAGAGCUCUGACCUAGCAGUGCCAACCACAGCCAGCCUGCCUCCCAGCACUGUGGAUGGGCCCAAUUCCUGUUCUCAGGAGAGCAACUUGAAUGGGAAUUCUGUCUACCUUCCUUCUGAAACCUCUUUCACUGAUUCUCUCCAGACGCCUUCGGAAUCACCAGCUACAAAAGAUGGACAUCCCAAAGAUUCCUCCUCACAUGGUGGGAAAGAAAACAGAGAAGGUGGUGACAGGCAGCUGAAGUCCCCUGAUGGUUUGGAAUCGACCCAGUCAGAGGAGGAAGUGGAUGAACUCUCUCUGAUUGACCACAAUGAAAUUAUGGCUAGGUUGACGUUAAAACAAGAGGGUGAUGAUGGGCCAGAUGUCCGUGGGGGAUCUGGGGAUAUAUUGCUGGUCCAUGCAACUGAGACCGACAGGAAAGACUUGGUUUUGUACUGUGAAGCCUUUUUGACAACCUACAGGACAUUUAUCACCCCUGAGGAGCUCAUUAAGAAGCUACAGUAUAGAUAUGAGAAGUUCUGCCCCUUCCCAGACACAUUCAAGAAGCGAGUCAGCAAGAAUACUUUCUUCGUGCUGGUGCGGGUAGUGGAUGAACUGUGCCUAGUGGAAUUAACUGAAGAGAUCCUAAAGCUCUUGAUGGAGCUGGUAUUCCGGUUAGUGUGCAGUGGGGAGCUGAGCCUUGCCCGGGUCCUCCGGAAGAAUAUCUUGGACAAAGUGAACCAAAAGAAGAUGCUAAAGUGUGCCAACUCGGACCAGCCCCUGGCUGCUCGAGGAGUGGCUGCCAGGCCUGGGACUCUGCAUGACUUCCACAGCCAUGAGAUUGCUGAGCAGCUGACACUGUUGGAUGCUGAGCUCUUCUACAAGAUAGAGAUCCCAGAAGUUUUGCUUUGGGCAAAAGAGCAGAAUGAAGAGAAGAGCCCUAACUUGACACAGUUUACUGAGCACUUUAAUAACAUGUCCUAUUGGGUUCGUUCAAUAAUCAUGUUGCAAGAAAAAGCCCAGGACAGAGAACGGCUGCUUCUGAAAUUUAUCAAGAUCAUGAAGCACUUGAGGAAGCUAAAUAACUUCAACUCCUAUCUGGCCAUCCUUUCAGCACUGGACUCAGCACCCAUCCGGAGGCUGGAAUGGCAAAAACAGACCUCAGAGGGCUUGGCCGAGUACUGCACUUUGAUUGACAGCUCUUCCUCCUUCCGGGCCUAUCGGGCGGCUCUUUCUGAGGUGGAACCUCCGUGCAUCCCAUAUCUGGGCCUGAUCCUGCAGGACCUCACCUUUGUUCACCUUGGAAACCCAGACUACAUUGACGGGAAAGUGAAUUUUUCCAAGCGUUGGCAGCAGUUCAACAUCCUGGACAGUAUGAGAUGUUUUCAGCAGGCACAUUAUGAAAUCCGCAGAAAUGAGGACAUCGUGAACUUCUUCAAUGAUUUCAGCGACCACCUAGCCGAGGAGGCUUUAUGGGAACUCUCUCUCAAAAUCAAACCCCGGAACAUAACUCGGCGAAAAACAGAUCGAGAAGAGAAGACCUAGGAGGGGGAGCAGCGAGCAAGUGAGCCGCUCAGGAGACACGCCGAAGGCAGCUAGGAGACUGGAAUAGACAUUUGGGCCUGUUACUGGACAGCUCGCCCCUGCGGCGAGACAUGACUCUCUCCCCGCCCCUGCCCCCUCUAUGCCCCAGCCGGCUCUGCCAGUGCCCCCUUCUCGGAGCCCAGAUGGGCGGCAGCCAGGCCAGCCCCUUCAACCUGGAUGGACAGCAGCUUCCGGGCAGCUCCUCCAGCCGUGGCAAGGAAUUCUCCAGGGCUCCUUCUGUUUUUUUCCAGAUGGAACCAAACUCACUCCAUACCUGGAGGGAGGAGACUCCAUGACCCCAGCGGAGGCCAUCCAGGCUUUGUGACUGGUCUGCAAGUUGGUGUUUUCCCUUAUGGACAUUGGACUGCUUGCCUUCAAGCCCUGUUUCACACUGUGAAGAGGCAGCAGAAUGAGGGGGCCCCUGUCCUGCCCCCCCACCUUAGAUCUUUGACCUUCCUAAGCCGUAACUCCCUGGGUAUAAGGAAGGGGUCCCUGUCAAAAGAGCUGUGUGGGUGAGGGAGGAUCCGGUCUCCUUGUGGAGAUUGUUUUGGAUCUGUGUGGAAUUGAAGAGAUGCUCUCCCAAAUGGGGGGCUGCCAUCUGGCCGGGGACCCCGGUUGGUGCUGCCAUGGCUCCGUCUCUUGUCCGCUCCCAGACUCAGCUCUCCAAUAGCAGAGGGUGUCAAACGCCUGCAGAAAGCAGUGGGGGUCUGGGUUUCCCAGGAACCGGGAUCCCCUUGUGGCAAUCCCAGCCCUGGCUUCCCAAAGUGUGGAGUAAAUGUCAGUGUCCAUAAUAGGGGAUGCCAGGAUGAGAAAGUCUGGGAAGUUUGGUCUAAAGCCAGAGCCUUGGAGUGGCUUGAGCUCGGGUCGGACAGGGGAAGCAGCCCCCCACCCACUCCCCUUAACACUUUAUCAUCGUCCCCCACUUAAAAGGCGCCUCUUCAGGUAUUACUUCCUGUAAAGCUCCUCUUAGGAGCUGUGCACAGUCAGGAGAGGGGCUUGCAGGAAGGCAGGCUCUACUAUUAGAGCAAGAAAUCCUGAAUCAACUUCAGCUCUGGAGGCUUGUGUUCUGGAAUGAAGGGAGACUGCCUUGUGGAGUCCCAUCGGAAGCAGGAGGGGUCUGAAGGGCAUUUCUCCUGUCCUGUUUCUCCUCACCAGCCUGCUGCCAGCCAGCUGGGUCCCUGGGCAUCUCCAGAGAUUUGUGAGCCUCCCCCAUCCCCCAAUCCUGAGUCCUGUUCCGGUCUGCUGAGUGCGUGCCUUAAACUUCACCUCCAUCUUUUCUCCACCUCUUCUCUUGCCAUUUCCUUCCUUCUAGGAUGCUUCAUGGCCUCUUGGGACAACUCCCCCUUCUCUGGUCCCAGCAGAGCCCCUCCUGCCAAGUUUAUGUUGCACAUUGAACCAGCUUUUGCCUCUCUUUAGGAAGAAUUCUUUUUCUCAACAAGACUCACUUUUGGUAACCCCUUCCCUUAUUUAAGUCAUAUAACAGAGAGAAAGAAGGCUUGGCUGUUGAAAGUAGACAUGGCAGGAUGGUGUAAGUUCCCAACUGGUCAUUUAAUGUGUCCAGGUUCUCUUUGGGGCAUUUCUCUGAAUCCACAUCAGUACUUUUUCUGUGGUGCUUAUGGAAAACAUGGUUGGUUGCCUAGAUUGACAAGCCAGAAAAGACCUAAUGGAAAGAGAGAUGCAGACGUAAUUGGGGAGAAUGUGUUGGGGGAAGCGGGGCUAUGGAGGGGAUGGAGACCCCCUUGGUCAAGCAGAACCGAAGGCUUUCUAGGAGGUUCCUGGCUCCUGCUGUUGAUCAUCCUGUGCAGUUUACAAGCAGACCAGGAGGCUUUGGGAUGGGUGAAACCAUGACCUGGGGUGUGUAGCGUGUGCAGGUGCUUCAUGUGUCACUCCCCCUCUCCUGUGGAACAGAGGCAAGCAGCCCUCAGGGGCUUUGGCUGCUUGCAGCCCCAGCUUUCACAUUAAUGGAACAAAAAAAAAAAAUCUACAUCUGUUGAUUAUUUAAACAGAUGUAGGAGUUUUUUUUUUUUUUUUAGAAACAACCAGGACACUUCAUUUUGCCGUCCAACAUGGGCCUUGGGGCAUCUUUUAUCUAGAAGUCCUAUCUUUUUUUUUUUUUUCCCUGUAAAUAGAGAAGAGAGAAAAAAGGAAUCUGUGAAAUGUUGAACAGACCUAGAGGUGGUUCUGAAAGAGUCACUUUAUUAUUUAAAGUUGUAGUCUGGAUGGCUCAUUAACAAUAUUGUUUGUGUGGGUGGUUCUCCUUUCUGUUUUCUCUUUCAAAGUUGUCCUUUCAUUUCAAUCUUUUUCCAGCUUCAUUCCCACAGCUGCCUCUAUACCCUGGUGUUGGGGGAGAGGUUGCCCAUUGAAUGUUGGAGUGUGUGUGUGUGUGUGUGUGUAUGUCCCCAAGCUGAGUGCUUGUGAAUCCAAUAGGUGCUGGUGGGAAAGGGGGUGUUAAGUGGGGUGUUCCCUCUUUGGGGUUCUGGAAAUGUAAGAUGACCCUGGGCUUCAGGACAAGUCUGUUGGGAUUGAUCUCCAACUCUUGGCCCUGGUGUGUGGUUUUUAAGUUUUUUUCUUCAAAAAUAGACCCCAAAUAUCACCCCCACCCCCCAGUCAAUUCCAGCUGUAGAAUCAUUCCUGUUGCUAACGAGUUAGGGACCCCCUUUCCUCACCCUCUCAAUCUGGAUACUUGUCUGUGAGCAAGGAUCACCUCCUGGUCCCCCAUGGUGGAGAGAUGGGUGUGCCUCAUUGCAGCUGUGUCUCUGAAUGAGCCGGCAGAGGUCCCGCCCCAAACACGGAGACAGGGGGAGUGUUCUUGGACCAGCCUGGCGGGUGCCCACCUGCCCUCCCACCCCCUCUCCUGGCCUGUGGCCUUCACAGUCUGAGUCCUGUGCCUUGGUGAGCCCAGGUGACCCAACUGAGCUGCAUAGGUGGAAAGGGAUCCCUCCUGGUGUCCCUGGUCCAUGGCCCAUUGCAUGAGUCAUAGAGUGAGGUGCAGUAUUUUUUAAUUUAUUGGUGAAAAUUUGGGCUUUCCUUCUUCCCCGCCAUCAGAGUUCCCCUCCCAUCUCUGCCAUUCCCCAGCUCAGUGCCAUGGACCUGGGACCACCAUACAUAUUUCAUUUCUUCAAGGGGAGAGGGGAGGAUGGGGUGGGGGGACAGAAGUGCUGCCUGAAAGGACAGAAGGACCGGGAUUUGUUGCCUUUCUGUACAGAAAGGUAAGCCUCUUCUGCCACUCUGUGUGCUGGGCAGUGGGAGCCCGGGCUGAUGGCGAGCAGAGCCACUGCCCUCCUCCUGCAGCUCCUAUCUGGAGCCUCCCCUCCUCGAAGCCCCUGCCCCCUCCCCAUGUUACAUUGUACUAUAUAUUCCCUACUAACCCAUCCCAAUAGUGACAUCUCCCCACAGACAUUUCAAAUGUGUAACUUUUAUGUUAAAGACAAAUAAACACAGAUGAAAGCCCCGGCCUAAUGAUCAUGUUUACAAUGCAUGCAGCCGUGUGUGCGAGAGAUUAAAGUGACAAUCAAACACC